AUGGCAGGAUUGACCGAUAACCUGGCCUACGUGCCCCAGCCUGUUCAGCUUCUGCUGGCUGGUAUUGGUGCUCUCUUCCUCACCUCCAAGGCGUUGAGCUACGUUAAAUUCCUUCUUGGAGUCUUUCUGCUCAGUGGAACUAGCCUUCGCAAGUAUGGCAAGCCUGGCACCUGGGCCGUUGUCACCGGUGCAUCCGACGGCCUCGGUAAGGAGUUCGCCUACCAGCUCGCCAGCAAGGGCUUCAACCUCGUCCUCGUUUCCCGAACCCAGUCGAAGCUCGAGACCCUCGCCCACGAGCUCGAGGCUAAGUUCUCGGGCAAGAUCCAGGUCAAGGUGUUGGCGAUGGACUUCUCGCGCGACGACGACGCCGACUACGAUAGGCUGGCCCAGCUCGUCAACGGUCUCGACGUCGGUAUCCUCAUCAACAACGUGGGCCAGAGCCACAGCAUACCCGUACCGUUCCUCGAGACAGCGCGUAGCGAGCUCCAGAGCAUUAUCUCCAUCAACUGCCUUGGCACGCUGAAGACCACGCAGGUUGUCGCGCCCAUCAUGCAGCAGCGCAAGCGCGGUCUCAUUCUCACCAUGGGUUCCUUCGCCGGCUGGAUGCCCACGCCGUACCUGGCCACCUACUCGGGCAGCAAGGCCUUCCUCCAGCACUGGAGCAGCUCCCUCGCCGCCGAACUCAAGCCCCAGGGCGUCGAUGUCGAGCUCGUCCUCAGCUACCUCAUCACGACAGCCAUGAGCAAGGUCCGCCGCUCGAGCGCCAUGAUCCCUAAGCCCCAGGACUUUGUGCGCGCGACGCUGAGCAAAAUCGGCUCCGGCAGCUACCAGAACUUCGCCUACACCUACACGCCCUGGUGGACGCACGCACUGAUGUUGUGGGUCGUUGAGAGUACCAUUGGCGCCGCCCACAGCUUAGCCAUCUGGUACAACCUGAAAAUGCACGUUGACAUCCGCAAGCGUGCGCUCAAGAAGGCUGCUCGCGAAGCCAAAAAGCAGUAG